AUGGUUUCUUCAUUGAUUCAAAAAGAUAUUGUCAACUCUUUUGGAGAAGAAGUAGUGAAAUCUGUUAUAGAAGAAAUUGAUCAUGGUGUAUUUGGAUUGCUCGUUGAUGAGUCUGCUGAUAUUUCUCGCAAAGAACAAAUGGCUGUUGUUCUUCGGUUUGUUGAUAAGGGUGGUGUAGUCAAAGAAAGGUUUAUUGGAGUUGUUCAUGUGAAUGAAACCUCUUCAGAAACUCUGAAGUCUCCAGUAGAUAAUUUGUUUGCUAAAUACGAGCUGAGCAUAACAAAGGAGUUCAAUGAUCGUUUCACCGAGGUAAACACCGAUCUACUUAUUUGUAUGGCUUCUUUAAGCCCUGUUGAUUCAUUCCAAGAUUUUGAUAAGGAGAAGUUGGUAAGAUUGGCUAAGUUCUAUCCAGAUGAUUUUAGCUAUGGUGAGCUUUUAUCUCUUGAACAACAUCUUGAUAUCUACAUCGACAAUAUACGUAGAGAUGAACGGUUUAAGAGUCUGAAUAGUCUUGGAGAUCUGUCUUAUCUGAUGGUGGAAACUCGAAAGCAUGUUGCACAUCCAUUGGUUUAUAGGCUUCUAAAGUUAGUUUUAACUUUACCAGUUGCUACUGCAAGUGUGGAAAGGUGUUUUUCGGCAAUGAAACUACUGAAGACAGCUGCACGUAGCCGAAUUGGAGACCAAUUUCUAAGUGAUUGUAUGGUUUUUUUCAUUGAAAAAUAA